AUUACGUCCUCAUCAUCAUCAUCAUCAUCAACCCUUGUCUUUGAAAAAAAAUAUAUAUAUCUCUCUCUCUCUGAAAAACUCUCUAAGGUCUGGCUCUUGAUGUUUCUCGCUACCGUCCUCUGAUCAAGAGGUUUAAAGCUGAAAUAAUUGUAUACACCCGAAAAUGAGUUUCAGGGAAGAUACUGAAGAUGGGAGGGAUCUACGGAAGCCAUUUCUUCAUACGGGAAGUUGGUACCGUAUGGGGUCGAGGCAAUCCAGUAUGAUGGGUUCGUCCCAGGUCAUUCGCGAUAGUUCAAUUUCUGUUGUGGCCUGUGUCUUGAUUGUGGCUUUGGGUCCUAUUCAAUUUGGCUUCACUUGUGGUUAUUCUUCUCCCACACAAGAUUCAAUCACUAAGGAUCUUGGACUUACAGUCUCCGAGUUCUCUCUGUUUGGUUCUCUAUCAAAUGUGGGUGCUAUGGUUGGGGCCAUUGCCAGUGGUCAGAUUUCCGAAUAUAUUGGGCGAAAAGGGUCUUUAAUGAUUGCCUCUAUUCCUAACAUUAUUGGAUGGCUUGCCAUAUCUUUUGCAAAAGAUUCUUCUUUUCUUUAUAUGGGAAGGCUGUUGGCAGGAUUUGGUGUGGGGAUAAUCUCUUAUACGGUUCCUGUAUACAUAGCGGAGAUAGCACCUCAAAACUUGAGAGGGGCCUUGGGUGCAGUGAAUCAGCUUUCUGUUACAAUUGGGAUAAUGCUGGCUUAUUUGUUUGGACUUUUUGUUCAGUGGAGAAUCCUUGCAGUUCUCGGAAUAUUGCCUUGUGCAAUAUUGAUUCCUGGACUUUUUUUCAUUCCUGAAUCUCCUAGGUGGCUGGCAAAAAUGGGUAUGACAGAAGACUUUGAAACUUCUUUGCAAGUUCUUCGAGGGUUUGAUACUGACAUUUCUGUUGAGGUGAACGAAAUCAAGAGGGCUGUGGCAUCAUCUAGCAGAAGAACUACCAUUCGGUUUGCAGAUCUCAAAAGAAGGAGAUACUGGUUCCCUUUGAUGGUUGGAAUCGGAUUACUUGUCCUGCAACAACUUAGUGGAAUUAAUGGGGUUCUAUUCUACUCAAGUAAUAUUUUUAAAGCUGCUGGGGUUACAUCAAGUAAUGCAGCAACAUUUGGGCUUGGUGCUGUGCAGGUCAUAGCUACUGGAGUAGCCACAUGGUUAAUGGACAGAACAGGUCGACGGCUUCUUCUUAUUGUCUCCUCUUGUGGAAUGACUAUUAGUCUCCUAAUUGUUGCAGUUGCAUUCUUCUUGAAGGGUUUUGUGUCUGAUGACUCAAGCAUAUAUGGUCUAUUGAGCAUCAUGUCUGUGGUUGGAGUUGUUGUCAUGGUAGUUGCCUUCUCACUGGGUAUGGGCCCUGUUCCAUGGAUUAUAAUGUCUGAGAUUCUUCCCAUCAAUAUCAAGGGUCUUGCUGGAAGUAUAGCUACACUUGCGAACUGGUUUAUCGCGUGGCUGGUGACAAUGACUGCAAACUUCCUCUUGAAUUGGAGCAGUGGAGGAACUUUUACCCUCUACAUGUUAGUCAGUGUUUUCACCGUGGCAUUUGUGAGCAUCUGGGUCCCUGAGACAAAAGGGAGAACUCUAGAAGAAAUUCAGGGUUCCUUCAGAUGAGUUUCUUUUUACUCUUUUUAUUUUUGUACUUUUCCCCUUGUAUUUUUUUUUUAAAAAAAUUUAAUUUUUUAUAGUGUUUUUUUUUCUAGACAAUAUUCCUAAAAUAUGAGAUUCCAUUUGUAAUGAUGAAGAGAUAAUGCAUGGAAAAUGUAAUCUUUUAUUUUUUUGGGAAUCUCCCCUGAUUUAUAUUGCCAUAUUGGCCUGGGGUAUAUUUGUAUUUUAUGUAAUAAUUUUCUUCUCAGUUUUUAGUCAGACGAUAAUUAUGUGCC